GUAUUGUUUCCAAAUCAUUCGAAUGUCGUCUGAAGGGACAAGGUGCCAAUUUUGUGGAGACAAAUAGCCCUUUUACUGCAGCUACACCUGAGCCCUCUCCAAUUAAGGAAAAGAUUGUCCGAAGUAACAGAAAACAUCCACAUGCAAAUGAACAAGUUCAGCAAGUCAUUAUUAUUCAAGGAUUUCCUACUGAUUAUGAAGGCGAUUUUACAAUUGAUACUUCUGUUGAGGAGACAGCAGCAGCAACUCUCCAGACCUUGGCAAUGGGUGGACAAGUAGCUCAAGUUGUCCAUAUUACUGAAGAUGGCCAAGUUAUAGCUACAGGUCAAGCUGCUCACAUGGAGAGCAUCAUUCAAGAAGAUAUUCAACUGCCAGAUGGAGCUACACAAGUUGUAGUAGUGGAAGGACCAGUGGAAGGAGGAGAUGUUGCCGAGUCUGUUUCAAUAGAAACAGUUACAGAUUCCAGUGGAAAUGUGGUGCAACAAGUCAUGGCACAGAAUAUUUUAGAUGCAUCACAGACUAUGCAUGCGGCUGAUUCUUCCUCUGCAUUGGAUGCACUACUUUGUGCUGUAACAGAGCUUGGAAAUGUGGAAGAUGUAAAAAAUCAAAACAGUAGAAUAGAAAACCCAAUGGAAGAGUCAUCUAUUAGGAUAAGUCAUCAGGAAUGUAGUGAUCACAACACACAGGAGAUACAGAUGUUUCAUGAGAUCCAGGAAGAUCAGCAAGACAUUGAACCAAUGGAAGUUGUUGGUCAAGUCAUGCAUUCUUCAAGGAUUCUGACCUCAGAGGAAUCAGCUCAUGUGGCAUUCAAAAAAAUGGUUCAUGGGGUUCUUCAGUUUGCUGUUUGCGAUUCUGGUGCUGCUGACCAACUAAUUAAAGGAGGAGUUACUCAAGUAAUUGUAAAUGAUGAGGGUACUGUUCAUAUGGUCUCCAGUGAAGGAUCUCGUAUAAUCAUGCAUAACGCAGAAGGGCAUACAUUUAGUAUACCUGAACAACAUAUGGAUAUUGUUGAGUCAAAUGGAGAGAUUUCACAGAUCAUUGUCACUGAAGAGAUAGCUCAAGCCAUGGUUCAGAAUGCUGAUGGCAGCUUUCCAGAAGGUACAACGCAUUAUUUUGUGACAGAAUUGCCUAAUGGAGAAGUUCAAAAAGAAGGUGCCAUUUAUUCACACACAGUAAUAGAAACAGAUGGAUCUGAAGAUAUUCUUCAUGCUGAAACGACUUUGAAUGCACAGAUUGCUUCUGAUGAGGAAACACAAGAGAUAGCCAGCAUGGUUGUCUAUUCAGAGUGUAGCCCCCAAGACAAUGCUGAGUCAAACCAAAAAUAAAUAAAUAGUAAAAAAACAAAACGUCUAGAAUCAUAAAAUAAGGCUAUCUAAUGCAAACUGGUGCACAGGAACCACAUUUGCAGUUCUUAUUGUGAUUUUGUAAAAAAUCUGUUUUGUUUACACUUUUAUGUGAAAGGUCUUUUUAAUCCAUCCCUCACUUAACAUAUAGUUUUGUCUGAAUUAAAUAUCAAAAACAUAUUCUCUUAAUAUAAUUUAUAAUUAACAGCUCUACAAAUGAACAGCAACUUAACUAUAUAAAGGCAAAGUGAGGCAGCACUUUGUCAAAGUUAUCUUACAGCCAAAGCGUGUUUCUAAAUAGCAAAUUGUCUUAAAUGAGCUCAUACCAUGGGGCCUUCUGUAUGGCAGCCAAAAGGAAGUGUUGUUACUUGAAUUCAAAUAUAUUCAAAUUACCUUUGUGCUUAAAAUUAUUUUUAACAAAACACAAGAAAAUAUCAGUAUACAUAUACGCUUAAGUCAGCUUUUACUUGCUUAAUAAUCUUUUAUUAUUUAGUCUGCUGAAAAGUGUGAUAUGGAAAAAUAAAGCCAGUCAUACCAAGCUUUGCAAUAGUUUGGAUAAUAUAACAUUGGUUGAAAUUAUUAUAUACAUGUUUUGUGAUAUUAAAAAGGGAAAUCCUUCAUGUAUUAUUUUGAUUUACUUUUUGAAAACCUGUCGAAUAUAAUUCAUUUCUUGUAGACUUAUGGUUUAUAAGCAUCAAACAUAUCUUAAAUAUAAAACAGACUUUUUCAAUCCUUUGCUCACAAUCACAAUAAUUGUAAUAAACAUCUACAUUUACAGUUUUUUUAUUUAUUAAAUUGGAAGACAUGCUGAAGUUUAAGGCAAUGGAAACAAUAUUUGUAAUCUAUGGACAAUUUCUUAAAAUAACGGCUAUAUUCUGCCUUAUUAUAUAUAUUAAGUUAGCAAUCGUCCACAAGAUGUAAGGGUAUAGAUCUCACAAGAUGUUGGUGAAAUUAACAUUUUAAGAGUUUGCUGUGUAUGACCCAGUUACAUAAUAUACCUAUUACACUGAAGAAGGGAGUUUUACAUUUCUUCUGCUAUUGAAGUAAAUCGUGCUGGCUUAAUUUAUUUUUGAGAGAGUCUUCCUUGACCCCAAAUAUGAAACUACUACAUCUCCGACUACUGGGUUUCAAUUUGCCUCUAAGUUUUGUUUUUCUAUAGCUUUGUGCUACCAUGUUUAAAUCUGUGAUGUUUUUGUUUUGGGUUUUUUUUGUGUGUUUUUUUUUUUUCUUUUUCAAAUAAACAAAAUCUAGUUACUA